AUGAUGUCGACCUCGCCAAAGGCUUGGGUCUGGCGUCCCGCGUUAGUCUCCGCCCUCGCCCUCCUCGUCCUCUUCCUAGCCACCGGUGCCGAAGCUUCCACUGGCGAUAAGCUGCCCGCGUUCCGGGAAUGCGUCAGGAGAUGCGUAGAAGAUAGAUGCGCCCCUGACAGCAGGCGCCCGAUUCAUAUCCCCGCCUACCGCCGCCUCCUCCUCUGGGACUGCCCCGCCGAAUGCGACUACGCCUGCCAACACGUCAUCACCGGCCAGCGCCUCGCCACCGACCAGCGCGUCGUCCAAUUCUACGGAAAAUGGCCCUUUAUCCGCGCCCUCGGCAUGCAGGAGCCCCUGAGCCUCUUCGCCUACGCCGGCAUCGCCGCCUGGAUCUUUAGCGCCGUCUUCCACACCCGCGACUUCCGCUUCACCGAGGAGAUGGACUACUUCGCCGCCGGCGGCAGCAUCCUCUACGGCUUCUACUACACCCCCAUCCGCAUCUUUCGCCUCGACCGCCCCACCCGCAAGAUCAAGUCCAUCCUCAAGGCCUGGACCGUGCUCUGCUGCUGCAUGUACGUCGCCCACGUCGCCUACCUCAAGGGUGUCCGCUGGGACUACACCUACAACAUGGCCGCCAACGUCGUCAUCGGCCUCACCCAGAACCUGCUGUGGUGCUGGCACGCCGUUCGCCGCUACAGGCAGUCCAAGGCCCCCUGGACCCUCUUGCCCGUCCUCGUCGUCUCCUGGAUCACCUUGGCCAUGAGCCUCGAGCUCUUUGACUUUGCUCCUCUGUGGGGUAGUCUCGACGCCCACGCCCUCUGGCAUUUUGGCACGAUUGGGCCCGCUAUGCUGUGGUACAAGUUCCUGCUCUACGAUGCCCUCGAUGACCUCGGUGGCUCUAAAACCGUGUUGAAGGACUGA